AUGGCAGCCUCCAGUGUGUCUACACUUGGGUCAACAGGCUCUGUGCAGGGGUUCGAGGACUACAGCAUCUACAGCAACCUAUCGGAUGAUGAGCUGAUUCAGCUGGCUAUCGAGCGCAGCCUGGCUGAUGCACAUGCUGCCACCGGAAACUCCACUGGGACACCCACCAGCCAGAGUCCAAACCCUGCCCUCCGACGCCCCAUUCCUCCUCAUCCCCAGAACGUCCCCCCAUCGGCCAACCCACCCAGCGGGACGUCCUAUCCACCACAAUGCAAGGAUACUGAUGGAGCAACGAGAAGCUACUCAUUUGUCACCGGCUACGGAAAGCGAUGCGUUGCGUGGCGGCGACGCGACGGCACCUUGUACGUCACCCCGGAGCCCGAAGAGGAUGUUGACCCUAUAGUCGAGGCAAUUAGGAAUGCUGAUGUGAAGACGGUGCGCGACCUUGCAAGAUCUUCUGCAAAAAGCCUGAAGGUGGAAAACAAGGACGGCUGGAUACCUUUGCAUGAAGCAGCCUAUUAUGACCAAGCUGAAUGUGUCAAAGUUCUUCUGGAAGCCCAACCCGCUCUGAUUGACAAACGCACCCUCAAUGAGCAGACGGCUCUCCUCUUGGCAGUGGACCGGGAGAGCCUAGCCUGUGUACAGUGCCUUCUGGAGAGAGGAGCAGACCCUGAAAUUGCCAACAAAAACAAAGAGACUCCCCUUUACAAAGCCUGUGAGAGGGAGAAUGUGGAAAUCAUGGCACUCAUUUUGAAGUUUGGCGCUGCGGUGAACCAGCGCUGCAUCCAAGGCUGGACGGCCCUCCACGAGGCGGUGUGCCGCAACAACGUGGAGAUGUGCAAGAUGCUGAUGCAGGCCGGGGCCAAAGUCAGCCCGCCGGACAUGUACGGCAUCACGCCCCUCUUUGUGGCUGCCCAGACUGGGCGGGUUGAAGCAUUGUACUUCCUCAUUGAAAAUGGUGCAGAUGUCAACAGCCAGGCGGCUGAUGGGGCUACGGCCCUUUAUGAGGCCAGUAAGAAUGGCCACCAGGAUGCGGUGGAGCUUCUGCUGUCUCAUCACGCAGACGCCAACAAACCCUGCAAGACUGGACUCCUGCCCAUUCACAUAGCUGCUCAACGUGGAGAGGAUGAGAUCGUGUCCAUGCUGAUGCCAGCCACCAGUAGGGCACAGGUGAGGCAUAGUGGCAUCAGCCCACUCCACUUGGCCGCCGAGGGCAACAAGGACGACGCCCUGGAGGUGCUGAUCAAGGGGGGCUUCGAUGUCAACACCAAGCUGUCUCACAACCGCUCUGCCAUGUACGAGGACCACCGCAGCACGGCGCUUUACUUCACCGUCGCCAACAACAACAUCGACGCUGCUGCCAUGCUGCUGGAGGCCGGUGCCGACCCCAACCUGGACACCUUCAGCCCGCUGCUGGUGGCCGUGCGGCAGGGCUGCCUCAGCACCGCCGCCCUGCUGGUGGAGCACGGCGCCGACGUCAAUGUGGCCAUCCCCACCCACCCGGCCUCCUUCCCCGGAGCGGUCAUGCUCUGCACCAGGUACCUGCACCUGCUCAAGUACCUGCUGGACAGCGGCUGCGACGCCCUGGCCUGCUUCCAGUGCCCGUACGGCAGCGGCCCACACCCGCCCAUCCAGCCCCCCCAAAGCAGACAUACCCGGGCCCACAGCCACACCAAAGAACCCACACAGUUCUGCGAGAUGCUCUCCUGGCCUUCUGUAAGCAGCUGGGCAGGGCCCGUCAUUGACCUGCUGUUGGACUACGUAGGAAAUGUGAAGCUAUGUGCCAGGCUCACAGAGCACCUGGACAGCUAUGAUGAAUGGGCCGUCAUCAAAGAGAAAUCAAUGCCACCUCGUCCUUUAAUGCACCUCUGCAGGCAGGUGAUUCGCAAACAGAUGGGAGUACAAAGGCUGAAACGUCUGGACAACCUGCCGCUCCCAGGAAAACUAAUCAAUUACCUGAGCAAUGAUCGUUCCAAAGAGUGUUUGUGCUAG